AUGGUGACCCAUACGUUAGCUCAACCCGGUUCCCGAUUCACCAAAAUCUAUAUUCGAAAAAUUACCAACUAUCAACCAAAGAAGUCAGAAGACCACGAAGAACCAAGAGUUAUGACACAAUUAUUAGAGAACAAUGCUAUUUCCGAAAACAGAAGAUCAGAUCAAAUGAAAACCCGACAUCCAUCUCCUUCUAUCAAUCGGAGUAUGCAAAAUGCAAUUGGCCUGGAGUGUUGUGGAGGACCCUGA